UCGAUUAUUAAUCCAUACAUGCCUACGUAAAUGGUUCGUUUUGUGUUGCCGCUCAUGAUGCGAUGACUCUGUUGUUUAAAUCGAUUUUGAUAUAACUUGAACAAUCAGCCUCCGAUAACGAAGCGUGUAUGUGUUGACUGAAGGACGCCGACGCGCCGGCAACGACGAACUGAGCAUUUGAUUAAUCCGAGUACACGAGAUGCGAAGUUAUCACGUCGCUUAUAUAAGUUCGUUCCGUCAAUCGCAACCCUCCAAUUGGUAACGUCAAGCGACCGGUGCCGGGACGUCGAUCAGCUGACGACGCGCAAAUCAUCCGAUUAAUAAAUCCGUCUCUCCGGAAUCUGAUUCAUCUAAUUGCGAGAAAAUGUUUGUUAGGACAAGGUUGUUGCAAGCUUGUCUAUCUCAUCAUGUGCCUUUGAACUGUAGAGCGAUACAUCUUCUGAGAGACAAUGCAUAUGUCAAUGGGAAAUGGAUAAGUGCCAGUAGUAAGCAGACAUUUCCUGUUUGCAAUCCGGUUGACAAUACUAUCAUCUCUCAUGUUCCUGAUAUGAAUAUUGCUGAUGCUCAAGUAGCCAUAGACGCUGCUGCCAAAGCUUUCGAAUCGUUCAGUAUAACCACAGCCAAGGAAAGGAGUGACUUGCUUAGAAAUUGGUACAAUCUGAUGGUUAAACAUUCGGAGGAUCUUGCACAUAUAUUGACCAAGGAGAAUGGGAAGUCCCUCUCUGAGUCUAGAAUGGAGAUCAAGUAUGGAAAUGCCUUCGUCGAGUGGUUUGCGGAAGAAGCUAGAAGGAUAGAGGGUGAAGUCUUGCAAUCUCCUGUAGCGAACAGAGAAUUGUUUCUAUUAAGACAACCAGCGGGUGUAGCUGCAUUAAUUACACCAUGGAACUUUCCACACGCUAUGAUUACCAGGAAAGCGGGCGCUGCUCUUGCUGCUGGCUGCACGUGUGUCGUGAAACCAUCCGAGGACACUCCAUUGACGGCACUGGCACUAGCAGAUCUUGCGGAACAGGCUGGCUUCCCCCCGGGAAUUCUGAACGUGCUCACCACGAGCGUGACGAAUUCCGCCGCUGUUGGCAAGGAGCUGUGCGAGAAUCCUAAAAUAAGGGUGCUGUCGUUCACCGGUUCCACAGCCGUGGGAAAGAUCCUGUACAAGCAAUGCGCCUCAACCAUGAAGCGACUUGGCCUGGAGCUGGGCGGCAACGCACCGUACAUCGUCUUCAAAACUGUGGACGUCGACCUGGCUGUAAAUAGCGCUAUAGCCAGCAAAUUCCGCAAUACCGGUCAAACGUGCGUCUCGGCGAACAGAUUCUUCGUGGAGGACGAUAUCUUCGACGAGUUUGUCGAGAAAUUCGUAGCGAGGAUCAAGCAAGACAUUAAGCUGGGAGAUGGUAGCAAAGAGGGUGUCACUCACGGGCCGCUUAUCAAGAAGAGUCAAUUGGAUAUGGUGAGCGGUCUGGUGGAAGAUGCGGUCCAGAAGGGUGCCAAGGUACACUGCGGUGGUCGUUCAUUACCGGAUCUUGGUCCCUUGUUUUAUGCGCCUACCCUCUUGACCAACGUGACUAAGGACAUGCAAAUAUACAAUAAGGAAAUCUUCGGACCCGUAGCCGUGAUUAAUAAGUUUAGCAGUGAGGAGGAUGUAUUAAGGCAAGCCAAUGAUACGCCGGUCGGUUUAGCCGGAUACUUUUUCUCCCAGGACAUAUCGCAGAUAUUUAGAGUCGCGCGUAAACUCGAAGUUGGGAUGGUAGGCGUCAAUGAAGGAUUAAUUUCAUGCGCGGAGGCUGCCUUCGGUGGGGUGAAGGAAUCUGGUUUAGGAAGGGAAGGUUCCAAGCACGGGGUCGAAGAUUUCCUCGAUAUCAAAUAUGUGUGUAUCGGCAAUCUCAAGCGCUGAUUAUGCAAGCAAAGUUAGCAAUAUAAUUUGCAUUUGGAAUAGCAAUCAUUUGAUUAUUCAAUAAUGGAUACUCUAAUUUAAUGAUAGACAAUAAUAAGCUACGUAAUUUAAUUAUAUUGCCUGCAUAACAGCGAAAGAAAACAAACAUUUUACA